AUGAGAGUUGACACAAAUAUUGAUGUGCAAAAUGAAUGUAAAGAAAACUCUACUAAACCGCUAGUGGUGUUAAAUACGCAUAAAAAAGUCGAUUACGAUAAAAACAACUAUAACGUCGAUAUUGGUGACAGCAAUAGAUUUAAUCAUAAGAAAUGCGAUCUACUAAACGUGACUCAAGAAGAGCCAUUACAGACGAAAGAAAUUGAUUCAAUCUACAUGAGUAAUAUUCAUUCAAUUGAAACCAUGAAUCUUAUAGAGGAUCAAGUGUCUAUGGAUGACUUGGAGGUCGGAGGACUCAAUUUGUUCGACGUUGUGAAGAGUAAUUGCGGCAGUGCUGACAUCUGCCCGAGUUUUCGGAGCAACUGGAGUGAAGCGAACACUAUUACUAUCGGUUUUCUCGGCGCUUACGGAUGGAGUCAGACAAUCUUGGGCGCUCUCCCGUUGGCUGUGGCAGCCAUCAACCGAGACCCGGAUCUACUCCCAGGGUUCAAACUGCGUUUCAUAUCUGCCGACAUCGGACGACCCCGACCUACCCUGCCAUUGGAUAAAGAUAGUCUAUCUUUACGGGUGAUGACUCAAAUGCGAGACCUCGGCGUGGUGGCGUUCUUCGGGCCCGACAGCACCUGCCACACGGAGGCGAAGUUGGCCGCUGCGUGGAACCUUCCACUUAUUUCUCAUAAAUGUGCAGGAGCUCAAGGCCGAGAGGGCGGGCUGGGCGCCACGUUCGCGCGCACCCUGCCGCCGGCGCACAAGGUCAGCAAGUCGGUGGUGGCGCUGCUCAAAGCGUACGGCUGGACCAAGUUCGCCAUCGUCGCUGGUGACGAGGUGACAGCGGCUGAACAGCAAAUGGUUGCUAUUAAGGAACUGUCACAGAGCAACGGGCUCACCAUAACCGCCGAGCAUCGCUUCGCAGACUACAUCCCUCGACACAUCUCACAUAUGGAGCGGAUUGUCGAUGACACCUACGACAAGACUAGAGUCUACGUGUUCCUCGGCGAACACAUCGCCCUGGUGGACUUCGUGAACACGCUGCAACGUCGCGGGCUGCUGCAGGGCGGAGAGUACGCCGUGGUCGCCGUCGACGACGAGAUAUACGACCCCAACGACGCCGCCAUCACACACGCUGAUCAUCUGAUACAGAACAGUAGCAGCGACGUGCUGGCGUUCAGAGCUGUACUCAAGUUGACGCCUUCCUAUCCGACCAACCCUUUCUACUUGACUCUUUGCCAAAUGAUACGGAAGCUGUCUGCCGCUCCACCGUUCUGCGUGCCGAACUACCACAAGAUAUUUGACGAUACUUCGGUGCCAAUAGAAGCAGCUCAUCUGUUCGACGCGGUGACGCUGUGGGCGCGCGCCGCCACCGCCGCGCUGCAGCACAAGCUGCCGCUCACAGAUGGCGCCACUCUCGUCAAGCUGCUGCGACCGACUACCUACAGAUCAUUGCAGGGAUUUGAUGUGAUCAUGGACAGCGCAGGCGACGCGGAGGGCAACUUCUCAGUGAUCGGUGUGGUGGAGGACUCCUCGGCUCCUAGCGGCUGGAGCGCGCAGCCAGUCGCCGCCUUCCGAUACGUUAACUCCUCACAUUUGUUGCCUGAAUUCGUUGGUGGUACAAAAAUCGCCUGGAUAGGCGGUCAACCUCCAGUGGCGGAGCCAGCGUGUGGGUUCGACGGCAAGAAGUGCGACCUCCCCCACGACCCUGUGGUGCUGUCGGCUGCCGCCGCGGUAGCUGCCGCCGCCAUGCUCGCUGCUGCUCUGCUGCUGCGGCACUAUCGGUAUGAGCAGAAGCUUGCGUCGGUGCUGUGGAAGAUCGAAGCUAAGGACCUGAAGAUAAUUUCCACUGGCAACGAUAAUAAGGAUGCUACACCUCAGGAAAUGGACACGAGGCGAGCACAUACAACCAUAGCAUCCUACAGAGGGAACAUCGUAGCGGUGAAGCGUUUGAAGAAGAAAAAUAUUGACGUCACUCGGGCCAUCAAGAAGGAAUUGAAACAGAUGCGCGAACUACGUCACGAAAACCUGACUCCGUUUGUGGGAGUCUGCAUAGAGACCGGCGUAGCUUGCAUCGCCACCGCCUACUGCUCCCGAGGCUCGCUGGCCACAGUCCUGGACGACAGGGACUUGCACCUGGAUGACAUGUUCGUGGCAAGCCUGGUGGCGGACCUGUUGCGAGGCCUGACAUACCUCCAUGACUCGGCGUUGGUGUCGCAUGGGAAUUUGACGUCAAGCAACUGCUUGGUAGACAGGCGCUGGGUGUUGCAGAUUACUGACUACGGGCUGCAUACUUUGAAAAGUGGUUGCGCUGACACGGAAGAUGCCCUGCGGAUGGAGCGUCGGAUGCUGUGGCGCGCGCCGGAGCUACUGCGGGAUACCACCGCGUCGCCCAAGGGCACCCAGAAGGGAGACGUGUACUCCUUCGGGAUCAUACUGUAUGAGAUACUCGGGAGGAAUGGACCGUGGGGGGAAACUAAUCUCACUAACACAGAGAUAAUCGGGCGGGUACGUCAACCCAUCGGUGGCGUUUACUUCCGUCCGCCGCUGGGCGGAGUGGCGGCGCGACCAUCGGUGCUGGCCGUGCUGAAGUCCUGCUGGAGCGAGCGCCCGGAGCGGCGCCCUGACCUGCGGCUGGUCAGGCUGCGACUGAAGGACAUGCAUGCCGGAAUGAAAACAAACAUCUUUGACAACAUGCUGUCAAUGAUGGAGAAGUAUGCUUCGAACCUCGAAGGUCUGGUGGCGGCGCGGACUGAAGAAGUUCUGCAGGAGAAGAAGAGAACUGAUGAUCUGCUCAACAGAAUGCUACCCAGGACGGUGGCCGAAGCCCUAAAGCGCGGGGAGCCGGUCCAAGCGGAAAGCUACGACUGCGUCACCAUCUACUUCAGUGACAUCGUGGGCUUCACCAACCUGGCAGCUGUCAACACGCCGAUGCAGGUGGUAGAAAUACUCAAUGACUUGUAUACGUGCUGUGAUGAGAUCAUAUCGUUCUACAACGUGUAUAAGGUGGAAACUAUCGGAGACGCGUACAUGGUGGUGGGUGGUCUCCCGGAGAGGAGUUCGCGGCACGCAACCGAGGUGGCAUCUCUCGCGCUGCACGUGCUGGAUGCUGUGCCCAAGAUACGCGUGCGGCACAUGCCUGCAGCCCGUCUGCAUAUCAGGAUAGGUAUCCACAGCGGGCAGUGCGCGGCUGGCGUGGUGGGUAUCAAGAUGCCACGCUACUGUCUGUUCGGGGACACCGUGAACACGGCGGCGCGAAUGGAGUCUACGGGGGAGCCCCAACGCGUGCACAUCAGCAACGAAACCUACCGCCUGCUGAAACAGCAUGGCGGGUUCCGAUUCAAAGAACGGGGAAUCAUCAAUAUCAAGGGCAAGGGAGACAUGAAGACAUGGUGGCUAGUCGGUGAAGACAACGAGCGUAGGAAAAAUUCACUGUUCAAAUACCAAGCGGGAAUGAUUCCCCUACACAAGGACUCGUAUGAACACGCGCCGUGGAGCAUGGGCAAGAGUAUCCUGGACAUCCGGGAGCGGGCCCGGCUGUCGUGCGGCGGGUCGCUGGGCCCUGGCUCACUGGGCCCUGGCUCUGCGCUGUCUUCGCCGGGCCCACCUGCCUGUGCGUGCUUCGCCCCGCAGCGCGACCACCACUCCGCCCCUGCCGUUACCUUCUAUGAAGACUGACGCUAACCAAUCAAAGUAUUCCAUCCCACAGUCUACAGGUUGCUUUAGUGGAAUAAAUCAGGAACUGAGUAGCUUUAAGGGUUCAACUUGGAGUGGCAUGGCGAAGUAUUUUCUAGAUAAUAAAGGAUACAGGGUGUAUGAUAGUAAGGUUGCGGGCAACGACGAUUUCGACGAUGUGGCGAUGCGCGCGAGGUUGAUGGCGGCCAUGCAACGGUUGCGCUGUCUCGACUUCGACUAUAAUAAUUUAACGUAAUAAUUUGUUUACUUUUUAAGUAGUCUGUUUGUGAUGAUAUAAAAAAACAUUUGUAUUAAACAUGAAGCUACUGAGACUUGGAAGGCGCUAUUAUAAUAACUAUAAAGGCAUGUGCUUCUGAUUCAAAUUUAUGUAU